CAAGUCGUCGGCGAGGGUUUGUUGAGAGGAGCCAGGUUAACUCGCUGUGACGGGCGUCGCAGCAGGAAGUACCUGCGUGCAGCGCUGCUUUCAGGAUGUGGUUGCAGCUGAGAGUGUGGGUGUUGUGUCGCUGUUAUUUGGAUCGGUUUGCAGACAGAAACGUGUUUCCACUGACGGCUGUGAAGCUCAUUCAGGAGUCACGGUGAGUGGAGCUGGAGUUUUGUCACGACCUUUGACCUUGGCCCAGCUGCCAGAACAUGAGUGACCCGAAUGUCUGAACAACAGAAUUAUUUAGUUAGAUUUCUUUUCAUUUUCUUUUGCAAAUUCAAUUCAGGAAAUGGCUUUUUCACAAUGAGCCUGCGCGGGAAAGCCUCAGUCAGCAGCUGAUAUCACGUUGCUCUGCUCCUCACCUGCCAACAGGAGGCGCCGCUUCCCCUUCAGACCCUCAAAUGUGAGGAACUUGUGCCAUAAACGUCGAGAUACAAGUCAUGUUUCAGUAUUUGUGGAGAUCAAAUGUUAUAUUUAGCCAUGUACGUCGACGACUCCAACUUCACCUCACCUGUGUGUGUAUUGGCACGGGUUCUUCUGUUUCGUGUUCUUAAUUUCCAUGCGAUUGACUCACCGAGCCUGGUUCGGCGAUGUUUGGUGUUUUUACGUUCUGCCAGAAAUCCUUCGGAGACUCAGUGUAGCCUGCGCCUGACUUACAUUUGGACCCAUCGAGCCGCCGUAGAACCCGCAGCUUGACCCGCCUCCAACUUCCACCCCGUCACUGAAAUUAAAGAAGAGGAAGGAAACUCGGCGGCGUUUUAAACCAAAAGUUUGACCCGAAAUAUUCGCCCAUCGUGCCGCGUUCACGGUCCGCCCUGGCUGGCGGAACAUGGCCGUGCUGCUUUUACAGCAACUUUGGUGGCUGCUUGUUGUGACGGCUCACGUGACUGGCGGACGGAGUCCGAGGCGUUUGAAGCUCAUCUUGAACGAGGAAGGAGAUGCGGUGUCACCCGCGCGCCUGACCCCAGCUCCCGGGCUGGAGCCCGGAGACUCCGCGGCCGCCUUCAGAGUGCCGACCCUGGGGGGAGAGUUGGUGUUCAAACCCGGGCCGCAGACCGGGUCACUGGUCCUCCACGCCUUCACCAACCACUCGGGCUUCCUGGAGGUGCUGUGGAGCUCCGAGUCGUCUGUGUCCAGCCUGCUGCAAGACCUGCCGGACACCUGCCAGGUUCUGUUCCUGUCCCUGGACGAGUCGUCGGUGACUGACGCGCUCUGGAUGCGGGAGCAGCUGCAGCGCGCAGCCGCGAGCAGCGGCAGAAAGGAGGUUCUGAGCCGCCUCCACUUCUGUCCGGUGCCGCUCUUCGCCCUGGGCAGCUGGGUCACCUCGGUGUUCUACGCCUGGAGCUGCAGGGGCCACAACUGCGGCCUCUCCCAGGCGGCCUUCACCGCCGACGGGUGGAGGAUCCCGCUGGUGGUCAAGAGACUGGACGCCAGAUAUGAUUGGCUGACGGCUCGCUGGGGUCAAGGGUCCUACCCGCUGAGGGACGGGGGCGACGGCUGUGCCUCGCUCCCCUCUGUGGCAGGAGGCGUGGCCUGGGUGUCUGAGGGGGGCUGCUCCUUCUUCACAAAGGUCCAGACCAUGGCCAGGUCCAACGCCAGCGGUGUCCUGGUCUACGCGCUGCCGGGGAGCCCCCUACAGGACAUGAACUGCGUGGCAGACGAGUGCGACACGCCGCUGAACGUCCCGGCGGCCAUGGUGCACCAGGAGCCCGCGGUGGCUGAAGCCCUGAGGUGGCAGCAGCAGGUCAGCGUGUCCUUCCAGACCACCGACUCGCCAAACUUCUUCUUCGGCAUCAACCAGCAGGGGGCGCUGUGGGAGCUGGGCUGGUUCCUCUACCCGUCCUUCAGCUUCAUCGCCUGGCAGGCGCAGUGGUUUGAGUUCUACUCUGAUCUGCGGGCCAGACUGGAUGCUCCGGCCGUGGUGGUCCCAGUCUUCGACAGGGUCCGAAUGCAGGGUGACGCCGGAGCCGUCGCUUCGGUCCGCCUGCCGCCAGACCUGCAGGGCUUCGACGGACUGGAACUGGACGCGUCCCUGUCGUGUCCCGGCCGUCGGGACUCGUCCUGCGCUCAGUGGGACCACACCGUGCAGCUGCUGGUCUGCUGUGACCGCCUGGGCCCUCACUGCGGCACCGAGCUGGGCCGCUGGAUCACAGCCUUCCGCAGAGGGAGCGGCCACUGGACCACCGACGUGUCUCCUCUCCUCCCCGUCCUGGACGGCGCCACCUGCACCUUCACCAUGAAGACGGUGCCGUGGGCGAUGCCGUGGAUCGUCUCGCUCAACCUGAGGUUCAAAAACCGGAGCAGCGGAAGUCUCCGCCCCUUCAGGGUGAUGCCGCUCUUCAGCGGAGGAACCUUCGACCGGAGCUACAACAGCAAGCACCGGCCCGUCCAGUGUGCCGUCCCGCCGUCCACCCAGAAGGUGGAGCUGUUCGCCGUCAUCACCGGCCACGGCAGCGACGAGAACGGCUGCGGGGAAUUCUGCGUCACCUCGCAUCACUUCGUGGUCAACGCUGCGCACAACAACACGCUGACCUUUGACACGGCAGGUUCGGCGCUGGGCUGCACCUCACGGGUGAAAGACGGAGCGGUUCCCAACGAACACGGGACGUGGCUCUACGGGCGCGGAGGCUGGUGUGACGGGCUGCAGGUCGCCCCCUGGAGGAGGGACGUCACAGAUCAGUUGGACCUGAGCGGCACCGGAACCAACACCAUCCUCUAUUUCGGCUUGUUCAACGGGCUGGACCCCAACCCCUCGCAGACGCCCGGCUACAUCAUCAUGUCGUCCUUCCUCGUCUUCUACAAGUGAAGCUUCAGAUUAAAGUGCUGU